AUGGAUAGGCCUUAUUGGCUUAUAUUCCCUUUUCUAACGGCCAAGGAAAACGACAAGUCGUCACUUGCCGGUCACUACGAGCUGCGCGCUCUUGUAACAGUGGAAACACAGUUAAUCUGUUUUUCUGCCAAAUUUACCGGUAUUGGAGACAAACCCAUCAUUUCACGUAUUCGACCAGGUAUUACCCACAUUUUCUUUUAUCUUAAUGCUCAUUACUCGGCUGAUAAUGUAGGGAUCAUUGUUCAAAUAGUUUCCUCUGUAUGCACAAAGAGUACAAGAAAAGGACAUCUUGCCAAUGGAAGCAAUAACAUCAUACUAAAUCCUACGUUCGAGGAUGAGCUUAGUAAUUGGUCUGGCAAGGGCUGCAAUAUUCUUCUUCACGAAUCAAUGGAAGAUGGAAAAAUCCUUCCACUAUAUGGAAAGUUCUUUGCUUCUGCUACAAAUCGUACGCGGAGCUGGAAUGGAAUUGAGCAGGAGAUCACAGGUCGAGUGCAAACAAAGCUUGCUUAUGAAGUUACCGCGAUAGUUCGGAUAUAUGGUGGCAAUGUUGCUGAUGCUAAUAUACAGGCCACAUUAUGGGUUCAAAGCCAGGAUAUUAAUGAGCAGUACAUUAAAAUAGCUAUUUCACAGGCAACUGACAAAGGCUGGGUGCAGUUGCAGGGGAAAUUCCUCCUUAAUGGUUCCCCUUUAAAAGUAAUUAUAUUUCUAGAAGGUCCUCCUCCUGGAACUGAUAUUCUUAUUAAUAGAUUGGUGGUCAAGCAUGCUGAGAAGGCUCCUCGUCCACUUCGACCAUCCAUGAAGAAUGAAGCUUUUGGAGUGAAUAUAAUUGAGAAUAGCAAUCUUGAUGAUGGCAUUAAUGGAUGGUUUCCUCUUGGAAACUGCUCUUUAAACAUGGAGUUUGGCUCACCAAUUGAACUCCCUCCAAUGGCAAGGAACUCCCUCGGAAUGCAAGAGCGUCUAAGUGGACGAUACAUACUUGUAACGAAUCGUGCUGACACUUGGAUGGGUCCUGCACAGAUGAUCAGUGGCAAACUGAAACUGUACUUGACAUAUCAAGUGUCUGCUUGGGUUAAAAUUGGUCCUGGAUCUACUAGUCCUCAGAUUGUCAAUGUUGCACUUAGUAUCGAUGGGAAUUGGGUCAAUGGAGGCCAGGUUGAGUUUAACAAUGGAAGUUGGCAUGAGGUUGGGGGCUCAUUUAGAAUUGACAAACAACCAUCUAAUGUUAUGGUUUACAUACAAGGUCCUGCUGCUGGUGUUGACUUAAUGGUUGCUGGACUCUACAUUUUCCCUGUUGAUCGAAGGGCGAGGUUUAAACUUCUGAAAAAACAAACUGAUAAGAUACGUAAGCGUGACCUCAUACUAAAGUUCUCAAGCUCAAAGGCCAACAAUGUCAGUGGUGCCUUUGUGAAAGUUGAGCAAAUACAAAACUUUUUCCCUUUUGGCUCGUGCAUAACAAGAAGCAGCAUCGAUAAUGAAGACUUGGUUCGGUUCUUGGUAAAAAAUUUUAACUGGGUUGUGUUUGGAAAUGAAUUAAAGUGGUCCUGGACGGAACCACAACAAGGUAACUUCAACUAUAAGGAUGCUGAUGAGCUUUUGAACUUCUGUAAGAACAACAACUUGGAAGUUCGAGGUCACUGCAUCUUCUGGGAGGUUGAAUAUGCUAUACAACCAUGGGUCCAAGGGCUUAAUAAGAGUGAUUUAACUACAGCCGUUCAAAACCGUCUAACAGACCUUGUUACUCGUUACAAAGGAAAAUUCAGGCACUAUGAUGUAGAUAAUGAAAUGUUGCAUGGAUCUUUCUAUAAAGAUCGGUUAGGUAAAGAUAUCCAAGCAACGAUGUUCAGAACAUCUCACCAACUGGACCCCUCCGCCACUCUUUUUGUUAAUGAUUAUCACAUCGAGGAUGGAUCUGAUGUUAGAUCGUCACCAGAGGACUACAUACGCCAAAUUCUUGAUUUGCAACGGCAAGGUGCUCCCGUAGGGGGCAUUGGACUUCAAGGACACAUUGACAGUCCAGUGGGACCGAUUGUUAGUUCUGCCUUGGAUAAGUUGGGUACUCUUGGUCUUCCAAUCUGGUUUACGGAACUCGAUGUGUCAUCUGCCAAUGAGUUCAUUAGAGCUGAUGACUUGGAAGUAAUGCUCCGUGAAGCAUUUGCUCAUCCUGCAGUGGAAGGCAUAAUUCUAUGGGGAUUUUGGGAGCUGUACAUGUCCAGAGAAAACGCACAUCUGGUGAAUGCGGAAGGUAAGAUCAAUGCUGCUGGUAAGAGGUAUCUUGCUCUUAAGAAAGAAUGGUUGUCUCGUGCUCGUGGUUAUAUUGAUGUGCAAGGUGAAUUUAGAUUCCGAGGCUUUUAUGGAACAUACAACAUAGAAAUCAAUUCCCCGACCACGAAAAUCAACAGAACAUUUGUUGUUGACAAGGGAGAGUCGCCUUUGGCAAUUAACAUUGACCUAUAGUUUCGACCCAUCCGUCCCCCUUAUCGGUCAGGACUCAGGAGUCAGAAUCCCAGCAACCAAACAUUCAUUAGCCAAUUCAUGGUCUUAAAGGAUCGGAUCAUUGUUCAAAAGUGACAUGGGAAUCUUGACUCUGUAAUACCUCUGUAUGUGUUGGAAUUGUUUGGAAACUUUUUAACAGCUAAAUCCUGCUGUCUGGUUUGAAA